AUGUAUAUCGUUAGAUCUGCAAACUUCAUUGCGCGCAAACAAUGGGUUGUUACUGGUGCUGAUGACAUGUUUAUUCGUGUUUACAACUACAAUACAAUGGAUAAGGUCAAAGUAUUUGAGGCGCACACGGAUUACAUUAGGUGUGUGGCUGUUCAUCCUACGCUUCCAUAUGUGCUGUCAUCGUCUGAUGACAUGCUUAUAAAGUUUUGGGAUUGGGAGAAGGGCUGGGUGUGUACUCAAAUUUUUGAGGGUCAUUCUCAUUAUGUUAUGCAAGUGACAUUUAAUUCGAAAGACACCAACACAUUUGUAAGUGCAUCACUUGAUCGCACUAUAAAGAUUUGGAAUCUUGGCUCUCCUGACCCAAAUUUUACAUUGGAUGCCCAUUUGAAAGGGGUAAAUUGUGUUGAUUACUUCACAUGUGGUGAUAAGCCUUAUCUUAUAACUGGUUCUGAUGAUCAUAAUGUAAAGGUUUGCUGCCUGUUUUCCUUUUUCUUCUUCUUCCUUGUUGGGUUCAUGUACAUGUACAAUGUGAAAAUAUUUUUGGCUAUAUUCUAUGAAAACAGGUGUGGGACUAUCAAACCAAAAGUCGUGUCCAGACACUAGACGGGCACACCCACAAUGUUUCAGCUAUUCGUUUUCACCCUGAACUUCCCAUUAUAAUUACUGGUUCUGAGGAUGGUACUGUUUGUAUAUGCCACAUUACCACCAACUUUGCUUGCUAAAUAUAGCCGGAUAAUUACCAAUCU